GUUUUUGACUAUACCCCAUCUUCAUUUUCAUCCAAUUCAUUAAUUCAUUCAUCACUAAUUCAACUAUACAAUAUAUAAAUAAAUAAAUAAAAUAAAAAUUAGCAGUCAUUAAUGCAGCACAUGCAUCUAUUAUUACAUAAACAACUCAUCCCAAAUUUAUUACUACCAAUAAUAUUUUUACGCUAUCUACCACUCCCAUCACUAUAAUAUCAUAGAAGAUUCCUUUCAAAUUGUCUUACAAAGAUUCAUUGCAUCAAAAUCCCCCCACACACAUUUUCUUCUAACACAAUAUUUCCAUGUAAUAAUAAAAAUAAAAGAUAAAAAAAAGAGAGAAAAAAAUGGAAGAAGAAUCCUCAGAUCAAAUCACAGCCCCUCUAAUAUCAAAGGAGGAAGAUCGCAGCGGUGAAUCGAGCAGCAGCAGCAGCAGCUCAAAUGAAAUCAACGGCGAGAAUUCACCGAUCGAGCAGGUGGCCCUCACGGUAUCGACCGCAGACGAUCCCAGCCUCCCAGUGCUCACAUUCAGAAUGUGGUUCCUGGGCACGCUGUCGUGCGUCCUCCUCUCCUUCCUCAACCAGUUCUUCUGGUACCGUACGGAGCCGCUCUCCAUCACCGCCAUCUCCGCCCAGAUCGCCGUCGUCCCCCUCGGCCAGCUCAUGGCGGCGAGGAUCACCGACCGCUCGUUCUUCCGAGGGUCGCGAUUCGAGUUCACGCUCAACCCUGGGCCGUUCAACGUGAAGGAGCACGUGCUCAUCACCAUCUUCGCCAACUCCGGCGCCGGCACGGUCUACGCCAUUCACGUGGUGACAGCUGUCAAGAUCUUCUACAAGCAGCACAUCAGCUUCUUCGUUUCCCUCAUUGUCGUUAUCACCACACAGGUGUUGGGGUUUGGAUGGGCUGGUAUAUACAGAAGGUAUCUUGUGGAGCCAGCUGCUAUGUGGUGGCCUGCCAAUUUAGUACAAGUCUCACUCUUCAGGGCUCUCCACGAGAAAGACGAACGGGCGAAAGGCGGUGUGACGCGAACGCAGUUCUUCAUCAUCGCCUUCAUUACUAGCUUCGCAUACUACAUAUUCCCGGGCUAUCUUUUCGAAAUGUUGACCUCACUCUCAUGGAUAUGUUGGGUCUUUCCCAAAUCGGUUCUAGCCCAACAACUCGGUUCGGGCCUAAGCGGGCUUGGCAUAGGAGCCAUCGGGCUCGAUUGGUCAACCAUUUCGUCCUACCUAGGAAGCCCGUUAGCCAGCCCGUGGUUCGCAACCGCCAAUGUGGCGGUCGGAUUUUUCUUUGUUAUGUACGUUGUGACUCCACUUAGCUAUUGGUUCAACAUCUAUGACGCCAAAACUUUCCCUAUAUUUUCCGACGAUUUAUUCACUAGCUCGGGGCAAAUAUACGAUAUUUCUAGCAUCGUUGAUUCGAAUUUCCACCUUGACAACGCUGCCUAUGAGCGUGAAGGGCCUCUUCAUCUUAGCACGUUUUUCGCUAUGACAUAUGGGGUGGGAUUCGCCGCGUUGAGCGCCACGAUAAUGCAUGUGCUUCUCUUUCACGGAAGAGAAAUAUGGGAGCAGAGCAAAUCGAGUUUUAGUGAAAAGAAAAUGGACAUACACACGAAACUGAUGAGCAAGUAUAGACAAGUACCCGAGUGGUGGUUUUGGGCGAUUCUCGUGGUAAAUAUUGCACUAACUAUCUUUGCAUGCGAGUAUUACAAGGAGCAACUUCAAUUGCCGUGGUGGGGUGUCGUGUUAGCAUGCGUAAUCGCCAUUUUCUUUACCCUCCCGAUCGGAAUCAUUACCGCCAUUACUAACCAGUCACCGGGAUUGAACAUCAUCACGGAGUAUAUAAUCGGAUACAUUUAUCCCGGAUAUCCGGUGGCGAACAUGUGCUUCAAGGUAUAUGGAUACAUAAGCAUGACGCAGGCGAUUACGUUCCUUCAAGACUUCAAACUCGGGCAUUACAUGAAAAUUCCUCCAAGAACAAUGUUCAUGGCACAGGUCGGUAUUCGAAUCCAAACUCAAUUGAAGUCGGUUUUCCUGCUUUUUUUUUUAACUUAUUGCGACACAUCCUCCGAUACCGUGUGGACUUGCCCGGGCGAUCACGUCUUCUACGAUGCGUCAGUGAUUUGGGGCUUGAUCGGCCCGCGAAAGAUUUUCGGGGACCAAGGAACUUACGGAAUGGUCAAUUGGUUCUUCUUGGGGGGGGCCGUGGCCCCCCUACUAGUAUGGUUGGCCACGAAGGCCUUCCCGAACCAGGAGUGGAUCCGACUGAUCAACAUGCCGGUCUUGAUAGGGGCUACCGGCUCGAUGCCGCCCGCAACCGCCGUGAAUUACACGACGUGGAUUAUCGUGGGGUUUUUGUCGGGGUUUGUUGUGUAUAGAUAUAGGCCCGAUUUGUGGGGCCGGUAUAACUACGUGUUGUCGGGGGCGUUGGAUGCGGGGCUUGCGUUCAUGGGGGUGGUUUUGUACAUGUGUUUGGGGGUGGAGAAUAUUGGUGUGGAUUGGUGGGGGAAUAAUCUUGAUGGCUGCACUUAUGCUUCUUGCCCUACGGCUAAAGGGGUGGUGUUUGAAGGAUGCCCCGUCGUGUCUUAG